UCCACGUACACUAUACUGUAGUUCAGUUGUUUGUGCGCUAAGUUUUGACCAUGACGGAAAUAAACGUUGAACUACUGAUUAGUUUAGUUGAAGCACGUCCAGUCUUAUGGGACAAAACAACAGAGGAGUAUAAGAAUCGGAUGAAAUCGAAACGUGCAUGGAUUGAGGUGUUCAAACAGUUGAAUGAAGAAUUCGAGGAGAUGGAAUACAAGGAAAGGGAAGAAUACGCCAGACUUGUCCAGAAGAAAUGGGCAAACAUCCGGGACGCUUUUCAAAGAAGCGAAAGGAAUCUCAAGAAAUCCAUCAAGUCUGGAAACACAAAGCCAAACAGGUCCUAUAUUUAUGGCGACCAACUCAACUUUUUGAAAAAAGUUCUACCACAAUACACGGAUGACAGCUUUUCAGAUAUUGGGAAAUACGCUCAAACAGAAAUGUCUGGUGAUCUGGAAAAUGAAGAUGAUGAGGUCAGUAGUAGUAGUAACACAGAAGAUAACUUUGCUAGUGGAAGUGCUUUGAGAAAACCGGAGAAACAGAAGAGUAAAAAGAUGAAAGUUGAUCCCGUUGUGUUGGAACUGUUGGGUCUAAUGAGACGAAAUGAUCGGCACAGUUCAUUUUUUGCUGGUAUAAUUCCAUCAUUGGAAACCUUCGAUGACGACGAUGUCGUUGAAUUUCAACUCAGGGUGUUGCAAAUUGUUUCUGAAAUUAAGAAACGCAAAAAGACUGCUAAUCCCGCCAAUUAGAACAUCACCUCUUUGCCAAACUAAAUGACAUGGUCAUAGUUCAAGAUCUCAAUAUCUAAGUUUACAGCCAAGUCAAAAUCUCUCUACAUCUAAAAAUCCUUCAACGUCACUACUGCUCAAUACUUCAAAUUGGUUGGAUCAUCUCCAAACACUUUGAGUUAACAGCACAGUUUUCUGAUUCAUCAUUAUUCAAAGAUUUUCAUUUUUAAAUUAAGUUUUUGCCAGGUAAUCUCUUACGAAUGUCUUUUUCAGACAUAAAAAAAACCACAAUGUGCUUAAUUAUUUUUGUAAACUUGAGUACUGUAUGUAAAUAUUUGUUAGUUAAUUUCUUUCAAUGAAUGUCCUUUUCUGACAUAACAGGAACCAAAAUAGUGCUUGAUUUUAUUGUCAACCUGAGUACUGUCAUAGACCUAUUUUUGAGUAAUUUUCUGAUAAUACGAAAAGCACGAGACAGUGCUUAAUUUCUUUAGUAGACUACUUUGCUACACAUGAUAAUUACUAUCUAGGUUUAUUAACAAAUUUACUGUUACAGUAUGUCAAAAUAUGUGUCUUCAUUUAUUUUUCACAAGGCCUAAUUUUCAUUACAAUAUUAAUUUUAGGCAAAUAUUACGUUCAAUGUAUAUACUAAUUUAGUUCAACUACUUGU